UUGCUUACUUGGAAAUGAGGUCCUAUGUCCAAAAUCCUGAACCACCCCUUUAACGUCAAUGCUGAAGCUGAAUCUGACGCAGCCGACGAUUUAAAUAUACCGGUAUGCCUGGCAGAAAACGCCCCUUCUGAUGAUGUGUGGUCAGAUGCUGCAUCUGAUUGGCCCAUGUCCUAUGAAUCAGAGUCUGAGAUUGAGUUUAAUGUUGUUGAUGAUAACGUUAUUGAUGAAUUUUGGUCAGAUGCUCUGACAGAAACUGACACAAGUGAUGAACAAUCUGUUGAGUCUGCAGAGUGUCUUGGGGAGGAGCUCAGAGGUUGGGCAAUAGACAGCCAAGUACCACAAUGCCAUCUAAAUGGGCUCUUGGGCAUCCUGAGAAAAUAUCAUCCCUAUCUCCCAAAGGAUUCCCGCACUCUUUUAGGCACUCCAACUAAUUAUGAGGUCCAGCAGAUUGCUGGUGGCACCAUGCAUUAUUUUGGAGUUGAGAAAGGCAUUAGGCAUAUAUUACACCAGAUAGACCCUCUCCCAAAGGCCAUUCAUUUACAAGUAAAUAUUGAUGGACUGCCUUUGUUCAAAAGCAGCAAUCAGCAGUUCUGGCCCAUUCUAGGCUUGGUAGAGGAAGACAAAACAAAGCAACCAUUCGUCAUUGCUUUAUAUCUUGGGUCUAAAAAACCAGCGAACGUCAAUCUGUUCCUGGAAACAUUUGUGAAUGAAUAUGGAAAGCUUAAAUUAGAGGGUGUGGAUGUUAUUGGCAAAUGUGUAGAUAUUAAAAUUUCUAAUUUUGUUUGUGAUGCAAGUGCACAGGCUUUUGUGAAAAACAUUAAAGCCCACAAUGCAUACCAUGGCUGUGAAAAAUGCACACAGGAGGGAACGUGGGCCGAAAAUCGCAUGACUUUUCCUGAAGUUGAUUCACCUUUACGGAUAGAUGCGUCUUUUAUUAAUAAAGACGAUGAGUUUCACCAUAAAGGGACCAGUGUGUUGACAGAGGUUGGAAUUGGUAUGGUCUCCCAAUUUCCAUUUGAUUUUAUGCACCUUGUUUGUCUUGGGGUUAUGAGAAAGUUGAUUGGGUUUUGGAUGAGGGGACCGUGUCCUACUCGUUUAGGUGCUCAUCAGAUAGGCCUAAUUUCUGCAGCUCUUGUGUCCUUUGCAAUGACACUCCCCAGAGAGUUUGCACGGAAAGGGCGAUCACUUGUUGAGGUAGAUAGGUGGAAAGCGACAGAGUUCAGAACUUUUCUCCUGUACACUGGUCCAGUGGCACUGAAAGACCAUCUGCCGAAUGUUCUAUACCACAAUUUUAUGCUUCUGCAUGUAGCCGUUAGAAUUUUAUGCUGCCCCUCACUGUGCCUCCAGUACUGUGAUUUUGCUGAAAAGUUACUGAUCACAUUUGUUGAGCAUUUUCAAUCUGUUUAUGGUAAUUACGUUGUGUAUAACAUACACGGGCUGACACAUCUUGCCAAUGAUUCAAGGCAGUUUGGUGCGCUGCAUAAUUUCUCAGCUUUCCCAUUUGAGAACUUCCUCUACACAAUUAAAAAAAUGAUUAGGACCCCUACCCAGCCCCUUCAACAGAUCAUCAGGAGAUUGUCAGAAAAAGCAAGUGUCAGAGCGAAAAAAAGGGUUUUCAAGGAUGGUUUUUACCAGGAACAUAAGAAUGGGCCUCUUCCAUACAAUGUGACGCAAUUUACACAAUAUAAGCAAUAUAUUAAUGGUGGAACUUUGAUUAGUUUAUCAGAGGGAGACAACUACAUUCUGUUCAAUGGAGACAUUCAUAUAGUUAAAAAUAUUUUAAAAGACAAGGAAGCAUCACAUUUAGUCUGUCUUAAAUUCCAAAACAAAUCAUCUUUUUUUACCUACCCCAUUGAUUCAUCAAGUCUUAAUAUAUCCUUUGUGAAACAACCCGGGCAGUCAUUGACUAUUGUCCCUCUUCAGACUGUUACAAAAGUCAUUCUUUUACAAUAUAAGGAUGGGUUUGUGGCAUAUCCUUUACUGCAUACUGCUUAAUUGAGCUUCAGUUAUUGUAUAUAGUUUGUAACACUAGCUAUGUUUGUUUGUUUGUUUGUUUUAUACUGUAGAUGUAUUCAAUUGUUGUUUUCACAGAAAAAAAUGAGACAGAGGUUAUACCAAGUGACUGGCUGAGCAUCGAUAAAAAAAAAUCCUUUUGGCCCCCAUAUAAUACUACUAAAUGUAGAAAAGCGGUUGAACAAAAUGAAACCCCUGAUGAAGAAUGGGGAGAAUAUAUAACUGAAUGGGUGGCUGAGUAUGAUUCCUAUGAAAAAGCCCGAAGGAAGCUCGUGAAGUUCUGCAAAGGCAAUGGUUUGGAGUCGACAGACGAGGACAGUGUGCGGAAAAGAGUACCAUCAUCAAAAUAUGUUGGAUUCAGGUCUAUCAGCCCCUCCAUCUGCAGCCUCAGGAAGACCUCCAGUUCAGGCCUCAACAAGUAGGCUCCACACAGAGACAAUGGAAAGACCAAAAAAAAAAAUCUGCAAUAAUGGAGCCAAAAGCCAGACCUUGCCAGCCAUACCACCAUUUCCAUUUCCACCAUCAACACCAGAGACAGUCCCAGAUCUAAGACAAGAUGAAAGAGAACUCCGACUCUUUCAGAUGCUAGAGGAGAUAAAAGGCCAAGUCAGACAAAAUUCUCUUCUGCUUCAGGCAAUUUUGAGAAGAGAGAGUGUCACUGAAGUCAGCAGUUUUCCAGAUUGAGUUUCCUCUACAAAAUAUUAAUGAUAUAAAAAAAAUGGAGGACUGGCUUUCUGACAAGGAAACACGGCGCUCUCUGGUAAAACAUCUCAUGAGUUUGGGUGGGACAACAACAAAAGAUAUAAUAUACAGGAUCAUGCGUGAAACAAUCAGCAAUGAUUUAG